GAGAGAGAGAGAGAGAGAGAGAGGGAAGGCGGUGACACAACUCGUCUCCUAGAGGAAUACUUACAAUGGUAUGUGUGAGCAGGCUAGGUUCGCCGAAAAACGAUACCGUGCUCUGAAAGUGUGCGUCUUGCCAUGAGCGCUUGUUCAUCACCAUCUUGGGGCAAUCCUUGAAGAUUUACUCUAUAGCUUUACGUUCGCUUGAUGAUUUGGCGGAGAAUUCUUGCCUGACUGCGGACAUAAGGCAAAUCCAUGGCCUCACAUAAUAGCAUUCCGUGAACUGCACAGUUGGAUUAUAUGUCGCAUUAAAAGGAACGUCGCUAUUAAAAGAAAUUUUUGGAGAAAAUACUAGCACUCGGACGUGGUCAGAUUCGCGAAACUGCACGCUUCGCAUCUGUAUAAAAGGCCUCAGAGUAAAAACAGUGGCUGAUAGGCCUUCUGACAUGGCGGACAACGAAGAGGGCUUUGGGCUUCAAAAUUCUCCAAAUGAUACCGAUUCAAAGGAUUUGCACGAGAGUAAAUCUGAGAAACAGAAUGGGAACUCCAGCAAAUCUCCAUCAUCCCAAACAACUUACAUUCAACAGGGAAUGGAGGGAAUAAAGGUUUACUUACACGAACGAGAGCUGUGGAUGAAAUUCCACGAAGUAGGGACCGAAAUGAUCAUCACCAAGGCAGGGAGGCGAAUGUUCCCAAGCUUUAAAGUGAAGGUUACAGGGCUGAACCCCAAAACGAAAUACAUUCUUCUGAUGGAUGUCGUGCCAGCGGACGACCAUCGUUAUAAAUUCGCCGAUAAUAAAUGGUCAGUGACGGGGAAAGCUGAGCCCGCUAUGCCGGGAAGGCUCUACGUGCACGCGGACUCUCCAGCCACAGGCGCGCACUGGAUGCGACAGCUUGUCUCCUUCCAGAAACUUAAACUGACCAACAACCACCUUGAUCCUUUUGGACAUAUUAUUUUAAAUUCUAUGCAUAAAUAUCAACCAAGGAUCCACAUCGUGAAGGCGGAUGAAAAUAAUGGAUUCGGCUCCAAAAACACCGCAUUCUGCACGCACGUGUUCCCCGAAACAGCCUUUAUUGCGGUUACAUCUUAUCAGAACCACAAGAUCACCCAGCUGAAAAUCGAGAACAAUCCCUUCGCAAAGGGCUUCCGUGGCAGUGAUGACGUGGAAUUACACCGCAUGGCACGAAUGCAGAGCACUAAGGAGUAUCCAGUGGUUCCCCGAAGCACAGUGCGUCAGAGGGUGGGCACAAAUCAGAGUCCAUUCAGUGGGGAUGUCCAAGGCAUGCCCACCCCCAGUAGCAUGAGCUCUCAGUACUCCUGUGAGAACGGGGUUACUAGCUCCUCCCAGGAUCUACUGCCACAGUCCAACUCUUAUCCAAUACCCCAUGAGCACAGCCAAGACUUUCAUUGCAUCAAGAGAAAAGUUGAGGAUGACUGUCACACAGGAGAUCAUUCCUAUAAGAAGGUCUACAUGGAGAGCUCUUCUAGUGAAGACGACCAUUAUUAUCGCCCUGUCAGCUACUCUCAGAGCCUGGCUCUCACUGGUGGCCCCUAUCGGACUGAAUCAGGACAGCGGCAGGCGUGCAUGUAUGCCAGUGCUUCACAAGCCACAGAAUCUGUUUCAAGCUUGGAAGACAUCAGCUGCAACACCUGGGCUGGUGUCUCUCCUUACAGUAGUUGCUCUGUGACCACCAUGCAACCAAUGGAGCGGCUACCCUACCAACAUUUCUCUGCUCACUUCACCUCUGGACCGCUAGUGUCCAGGCUGAGUGGAGUGGCUGGCCACACAUCACCACAGCUAGGUGAUGCCCAUGCCAUGUACCAGGGCUCGAUGCCCCAUCAGACUCUUGGCCGUCAAUGCAGCCCUGGAGCAGGGAUCCAGUCACCAAGUACCAGCCUGCAGGGGAACGAGUACUUGUACAGCCAUGGCAUACCCCGCACCCUGUCCCCUCAUCAGUACCAUGCUGUACACAGUGUAAGCGUCAUGCCGGAAUGGAAUGAGGGGAGUUAAUUGGAUUCUCAUAUACAAGCUGAAGAGUGGAGCAAGCAAGGACUGCAGUGAUGCAAAAAACGUGUGUGUGUGUGUGUGUGUGUGUGUGUGUGUGUGUGUGUGUGUGUGUGUGUGUGUGUGUGUGUUUGUGUGUGAGUGUAUAAAUUUUUUUUCAUCCUCCCAAGUUCUCCAUUAUCAGGUGACAUCAUUGAUUUGGACAGAGAUGUUGUAAGCAUCAGCUCAGAAGUAAGACAAACUGGCUAAACAGCAAUGAAUGUCUUCAAACUCUAGCAUGGUUCCUGUACUAGAAUGCAGGAUAAACAAUUUUGUUUCAUAAUAUGGGCUGUAGUGAUGAAUAAAAGUUUAUAUUGUAUUGUGUAAAUCAGGGCUAAAACAAGCUAAAUAAAUACUACACAAACCAAUUUGUUUAAAAAAAGAGAAAAAAUAAGUCCAGUCUUAUAGCUAUUUUUUCAACUUGAUGUUUGUGCUAUGCUUUCUUUUUUAUUCUGAAAUACUGGAGAAAAUGAUGUAGAUUCUUUCAAAUGUAGUGAUUAUAAGAGAAAGAAACUUUCCAGUUGACUUCUCAUCAGUUCUACCAUUUGUACAACAUUACCACUGAAGUCUGAAAAGCCUUUAGAUAAAUGAGCAGAUCAAUGUUAAAUAUGCAGCUUCUGGUGUGUAACUGUCAGUUGGUGUAGAUGUAUGCACUUAGUGAUUUUAAACAUUCAGGGAUAUGUUACAAGAUUGCUUGGAAUUUUGAUCACUGAAUGUAUCAUGUGUCUCAUUAUAUCUACCAGGCUAAAGUGGCUGUUACAAAAUUAUUUUCAACACAAUACCUAGGGAAUACCUCACAAUACCGAGGGAAUACCUCACAAUACUGAGGGAAUGUUUUCUAAGCAUAAAAGUUGGUCCUCUACCACCCCGAUUACCCCAUAAUCUCCAUUUAAUGGAAUAGAUUAGUACUUUUUAAUAGCACUAUUAUACCCAAUGCUAGCUGUCAUUAACUAGCUCAUAGCCUUUUACAAAAUUACAAAAGCUUGCAAAACCACACAGGGAUAAUUUCUCAAAAAAGGCACUUUGUCUAAUGUUCAAACAUGACUUCUAGUUUCCAGUCAAUAUGUGGAACUAUGUGCACCCAUUACAGAGCCCUUAUGAAGGCUAUGGAGCCUCCAGAAUGGCAUCUUAAAAUAACACAUUGAGAAAAACAAUAAUUAGGUAUAUACAAACUUUGGAAAAAGCUCAUGAUAACCGCAUUACUCCCUGUUAAUAGUAUUUAUUUUGCCUUUAUUGCAACGCUACUAAUUAUCUGAAAUAUUUGUUAGAUUUUUCUUUUGCAUUGUUUGUUUAGAUUUUCUUUUCUUUUCUUUUCAGGAAAAAACAAGCUAUUGAUAAUUGUCCGAAGAGCAAGAUACAAGAGACACAGUGUAACAUUAAUUACUGGGAUGUAAAUACAAUACAAAUGUACAUAGAACACAGAAAUGAAAUAAAUGUAAAAGAUCAUCUUUGAAA